UUCACAUUUCUUCUCUCUUGAGCGUUCGAUCAAUGGCUGCAGCUGGUAGCGGCAGUUUCCAGUUCGGACGUAUUGCCUCGAAGCGUCUCAUGAUGCUCGUGGCCUUACUUCUCGUCUCCUGCUGUCUCGGCCAUGGAUCCGGCGAUGAGGAUCAUGUCGAGGUGGAGGGAUUCAGCAGCAGUUGCAUGGAGAGCGAGAGGAGAGCUCUCCUCGCCAUCAAAUCCGAUAUGUACGACCCCGACAACUGGUUCUCUACAUGGACCGGCAAAGACUGCUGUGGGUGGAGAGGUGUGGCCUGCGACAACACCACGGGCCAUGUCACCAAGCUCGACCUCCGCUACCCCUAUACAGACGAUAUAUGGGAUACGUUUUGGAAACCAAUAGGCAUCAGCAAGGUAAAUCCUUCGUUGCAAGAACUGAAGCAUUUGACAUAUUUGGAUUUGAGCAUGAAUAACUUCUCUCAUGCCCCUGUGCCUAAAAUGAUCGCUUCACUGGUCCACUUGGAAUAUCUCAACCUAUCUUAUGCCAUGUUCGAUGGACCAAUUCCUCCUCAGCUGGGGAACCUCUCAAACCUACACUAUCUCGACCUUCGGGGAUGGUAUCAUGAUGAUUUUCUACAUGUUGAUGAUCUCGAUUGGCUCUCCCGUAUUCCUUCUCUAAAAUAUCUUGACAUGAGUUAUGUCGAUCUCAGCAAGGCGACCAAUUGGUUUUACGUAAUUAAUUCUAUUCCCACACUUGAAGUGCUACAUUUGAAUUAUGUAGACCUGCCAUAUGUUUCAUCUCCUUUGCCCCCUUUCAAUCUAACAGCCAUUGUUAGGUUGGAUCUGUCUCAGAAUUCCAACAUCACGUCUGCCAUGCUAAGAUGGUUUUCUAAUGCCACCAGUCUCGAGUACCUUAUUCUUUUUGGCACCAGUAAUCAAUUUAUCGAUUCGGUAGGCACUGGGAGUCUCACUAUCGAGUCGGUACAAGUUGCUCUAGGAGCUCUCAGUAAUCUGAAGGAGUUGGAUUUGUCAUUCAACUCCCUUAAAGGAGAAAUUCGUGAAAUUCUGAACAAUGUCAGUAGCAGCAGUGGCCUGAAGCACUUGGAUUUGAGAUCGAAUCGAUUAUCUGGAGAUAUUCCUCCAGGGAGCCUUAGAGACCUGGAGUACCUGGACUUAUCAGCGAAUUAUAUUGUCGACGUGCAUAUCUUAGCUUCUCUGGGGAAUCUCACAAACUUGCGACAUUUAGACUUGCGGGGCAAUUCAAUCAGCGGAGAAAUUCCACAAACCGUAGGAAAUUCUGUCCGAUUGGAGUACCUAGAUUUGUCCAAUACUGGCAUCAACGGAAAAAUACCACAGGCCAUCGGCAACCUCAGUAACCUAUUGGAAUUACAUUUAUCAGGCAACAAAAUUGUGGGAUGGAUACCACCGAGCAUCGACAACCUCACCAACUUGGUAUACUUAGAUUUAUCAUACAACAAUAUUGUCGGUUGGAUACCACCGAGCAUCGGCAACCUCACCAACUUGGUACACUUAGAUUUAUCGAGGAAUAAUAUUAGCGGAUACAUUCCAGAGACUUUGGGUACUCUCAUCCAUAUGGAGGAAUUAUAUUUAUCUAACAAUCGUAUUUCUGGACAAAUACCACAAACCAUUGGGGAUCUUCAAAAUCUAUGGAUGUUAUUUUUAAGCAAUAACUAUAUUUCUGGGCAGAUACCAAAGACGAUCGGUAAACUCCACUACUUACAAUACUUGGACAUGUCAUAUAACAACUUAUCAGGUCAAAUACCAACGACAUUGGGUGAUCUAUGCAAUUUGACCUGGUUAGAUUUGUCUUUUAAUAACAUUGGUGGAGAUCUUACAAAUCUAUUCUAUGGUUUGUCUACUUGUUCACAAGGAGCAUCUAUAUCAUUCUUAGCCCUGAAGGGUAACAAUUUAACCGGGAUUAUUCCUUCGAGCAUGGGCCAAUUAUCUCAGUUACAACAGGUAGACCUCUCCUCAAACUCGCUGGCAGGCAACAUCACCGAAGCACACUUUUUAAAUCUUACAAGGUUAUCAGAAUUGAUAAUCGCUUCCAACUCCUUGAAUGUGAUGCUACCAAAUGAUUGGCGACCCCCUUUUAGUGCCAUCACUAUCGAUAUGAGCUUUUGUCAUCUCAGAGGAAAAUUUCCUGAAUGGUUUCAGACUCAACAACAAUUGCAAAGCCUUUAUCUAUCCGGAGUUGGAGUCUCAGGCAGCCUCCCUAUUUGGUUUUCAAAUUUCUCAAAAGGUUUGGAUGUUCUUAACUUGAAGUCCAACUAUUUGACUGGUCAAUUACCUUCUGCUCCCCAAUUCAUGUUGAAUCUUUCCAACAACUUAUUUGUCGGACCUAUUCCAUUGAGCUUCAAAAAAGCUACAGGACUCAUUUUGUUAUCUUUGUCUCAUAAUCAUAUCAAUGGUGAUUUCCCUUCCUUCUUUUGUAAUCUGAAUAUCCAAGUUCUCGACCUAUCUAAUAAUUACUUAAUUGGAAAAAUCCCGAAUUGUCAUAACUCAUUUCCAACCUAUCUACAUUCUUUGCAUUUAAAUAAUAACAACCUAUCCGGAAUGAUUCCUUCAUUUUUGAAAUACUGCGACCAAUUAAUUAUCCUUGAUUUAGGUGAAAAUAAAUUAUUUGGUAAAAUUCCGAAAUGGAUAGGAAGAAACCUCUCAUCAUUAAAGGUUCUUCGUCUGAGGUCAAACUUAUUAUAUGGUGUUAUCCCUGAGAACAUAGUGAAUCUCACUUCUCUUCGGGUUUUGGAUCUCUCUUCCAACAAUUUAUUUGGUAGCCUACCAUCAUCUCUUGGAAAUUUCACUGCCAUGGUUGAGGUACAAAAUGACACGAGGUCAUUGAUUGAAGAUUACUAUUCUUACAUCGAGAGCAUCUUAGUCACAACAAAGGGAUCAACGAUUGAUUACACAACCAUUCUCUCGCUGGUGACAAGCAUAGACUUGUCAAAUAAUUAUCUCUCUGGUGAAAUCCCAAAAGAACUGACAAAGCUUCUCGGAUUGCGCUUCCUAAACUUAUCCAACAACCAUUUGACGGGGAGGAUUCCAGAAAACAUUGGUGACAUGAAAAUAUUGGAAUCGCUUGACUUAUCUGUGAACAGUCUCACGGGGGAGAUACCUUCGAGCUUUUCUGCUAUGAAUUUCCUGGCCCGUUUGAAUCUGUCUUACAACAACUUAUCAGGAAAAAUACCAACGAGUGGUCAAUUGUCAACCUUUGACUCAUGGACAUAUGUGGGUAACAAAGACCUUUGCGGUACGCCACUUCCAAAUUGCCCUGUUUAUCGAAUUCCACCUGACGCCAGAGUUAAACAUGAUGAGAAGCUCGACAAAUUAUUGGAGUACACCAGUAUUGUGGUCGGAUUUGUGGUUGGCUUUUGGCUGUUUAUUGGCACUCUCAUCAUGAAGCAGGCCAUCAGAUUCGCUUUCUUCCGACGGAUCGACAGGACCAUUGACUGGAUCUAUGUUCAGUUUGCAGUUAAGCUUGCGAAGCUCAAAUCCAAAUGGCAAACAACGCAAUGAACUGCCGUCACAUUUUGCAGGACAUGCAGGGCUUUGUUUUAGGUGUUAUUGGAAUGCUAUGCAUAAGUUAUCAAAUUUGCAGCUGUUUUGGUGUUCCUAUAAUAAAAGCAGAUGAUGCAGGAGUCAAACUAGAAGAAGAUGAUGAUGGUGAUAAGCUUGAAACAAUAACAUAGAUGUUACUAGUAUCGUCAUGGGAUUCAUAGUUGGCUUUUGGGGUUUCUAUUGGAAUAGUGAUCAUGAAACGAGGCAGAAGGAUCGAUGUACGUGCAGUUGAAAGCCGAAGUCCAAAAUAAUGACGAAGAAUCAAUUGAACUGUGGCUAAGUGCUAAGAUUGUCUAUGUAUAUAUAUUCCAUGUAUUUGUGUGUUCUAGUGUUUUGAGUCACGUAUGAUCAUUUGGUGUUGCGUUGUCUUGAAGACACUGCUGCUUGUUUGUUGAACUUGAAAAAGGAAUGCAAAUUCAUUCAAGGAUCAAA